CUCCUGUACAGCUUCCGAUGAACUUCCCGACUCCAUUUACUUCGCUUUCCCCAUUAAACAUCUCGUGCUUAAGAGCCGAGUAAACAAGAUGUCUCUGCAUAUAUUUUCUUUCUCUCCACUAAGGACUUUUGCGCCAGCUGUGCAGUCGACGUGUCGCUUUAAUUCAACGUCUUCCAGCUCUACAAAUGCCUUGGAAAGUCUCCUUCGACCUUCUAAACCAGGACCUGCUUCCGGACGAUUGCCGUCGCGACGAGCAAACCGCCAAAGGUUCAUCGAGGACCAGAGGGCGCAGGCCGACAGUCGAGCUAUAGAGAAAUUCCAGACACGCGAGUGGAAAUCCGGCGAUAUCUACGCCCCUCAUGACCUUAGUCCAGCCGAGAUGAUGAAGUGGAGGAAGCGCAGCCCUCCGACUACUGACGUCUUUGAUGCCGUCAACCUCAACCCUUUAACAGUCUACAAGAACUUUACCAUCAUGUCCGAGUACAUGACCGAGAUGGGGCGCAUAAAGCACAGGAAUCUGACGGGUCUACGUGGUGUGAACCAACGAAAAAUUGCAAAGGCGAUUCGAAGGGCAAUCGGCGUUGGCCUUAUGCCAAGCGUACAUCGUCACCCAGAGAUCCUCGCUGAGCUUAAAUGGAAGUCGGAAGGCGGUGGUGGUUUCUAAGAAAAGAGAUGAUAGAGCUCUUCUGAACGCCACCCGAUAUGUUAUCCGGCGUUUUUCUCGUUGGAUUCACAUUAUAACUUCUUCUAUCUCCUCUUUCUUAUCAUAUGAUGAAUGCUGGCAUCACCAGGAAGAAAUGUACUAUAUCAACCAUAUCCAGACCAUGGAAAUUGAAGAUGUAAUUUAUCCGAUAUAAAUUCAGUAAAAUUAAGCAAUGUACAAGUGUUUCGCCUCAGGCGCCUGAUCCAUAUCUCGUAAUUCAAAUAUAUUUAAUCCCUCGAAACAUGCUGCUGGCUGUGCACAGUGACGAUCCAACCCGUGGGCCAGGCACCAACGAGCGGGUAAACAGAGCUCCCUCUGUCUUGAACUUCCCCGCCUUCUUCACCCUACUUCAUCUUAAAUCAUUCAACCCUGUUCUCCCCAUCAUCCCAUAUAGCUGUCAACCAUGGCUAUCAC